UCUUUGGAAAACCAGAUUAGAGGAAGCAUUGCUAGACGUGCUGGUGGUGACACUUGCGAGGCUGAUUACUCACUGUUUGCCAUUUGACUUUUGCUGUUCCUUAUAUUGUUGGAGUGAUCGACAUUACAAAAGAGCAAUCUGUCAUGAAAUCUUGCCGAUCUACGAAGAGAAAGGUAGGUGAUGUUCAUGAAAAAUACAGUGACAAGGAGAAUGUUGCAUCAAAGAAAUCAACACGUAGGAUUGAUCGACAGAAUCUGAAAGGAGCAGGGGAAUGCAGAAAUCUUUUGGCUGGGGAAAAUGAUGUGAUUUUGCCCUUACAAGCUGCUAAAGUAUCUUGUCAAAAGCUGCCCAAAAGGACGAUGUGUUCUCCUGUAACAAAAGGAGAUGCUGCGGAAGGGAGUCAACAGCUUGAUUCUUAUAAGAAGAUUAAGCUACAGCUUUAUCCAAUUAAAAAAAUUACCAGAAAGAGAUUAGAGAAGGAUAGCUGCUAUCCGUUCCAGGAACUCCUUUUAAGUGCUCAGAAGAAGAUAUCAUCGGUGAUUAAGCACCUUAAUACGAAGUGGAGUUCUUCGUGUUUGGGGUUAGGGCAGCUCCUUCUAUUCCCCUUUGACACUAAUACAGAGAACAUAGCAUCACAGAAACGAUGGAGCUCUAAAGAUACCAACGUUUCUGCAGGAGAAGUGUAUGCAGCAAUAGGAAGUCCUGCCAUUUUCCGAUUAAGGUAUGACUGGUUUUCAGAUCUUAAGCUCAAGGCUUUUGAGGUACCGGAAAUCUCCCCGCCCUCUGGUAUGCAUUCACAAUCAAGGGGUAUAAAGAGAAUCUUUGCUGCUGCAAUGGACACAGCAAAUGACAAAGUGGAGGAAGCUAAGUUGAAAAAUGAACCAAUAUGCAAAAAUGAGCAUGAGAGUGUAAUUGAGAAUCAGAAUAUGGCUUUGAACAUACCGGUUGAUCACGUGGUUGAUGAAAUGAGAAAGGAAAAUGUGCCUUCAAAGAUGGUAAGUCCGUGGAAUGAUAUUUUGACCACCCUAAGCAUUGGAGGAUUGUUUUCUGAGGCAUCUAUGCCAGGAAUGAUCAGCAAGUCAGAAAAUAAAUUGCAUUUACAGCCAAUCCAGUUAGUUCCUGAUAUUAGUAUUGGAGGUCUGCUGUCUGAAGUGUCUUUGCAGGGUAAGAUGUCUACUGAAAUGAAACAAGAGAACAGAGUUGGACUGCAGCCACCUCCAUUUAGUUCUUAUUUUACCACAGGAAGCUUCCCGUCCGAAGUGUCCUCUGAGGGAAAGAUUAGUGAUUCCAAUUUUGCUUCAAAAGGAACAGCUGGGUUGAAGGAAACAUCAGAGUAUGGCCACCACAUUGAGUCAAAAUUCUUGUGGGAUUCUAAUCUCACUGACUUGAGCAUUGGAGGAUUGCUGUCUGAGGUUUCCCAGCUGGAGAAAUUAAAAAAUCAUGACCAAAGAAGUGAGGACAAACCAAACUCACAACCUGACUCGCUUGAUGCUUUUGUUGCUGCCCGCAUGAAUUCACACCCUGAAAUUUCAAAGUCAUCAUCUCAUGAAUUGCACUCGUCUAUCUUGGAUGCUGAAGAGACAUGCCAUGCAUUUCCAGUGUGUAAAGCUUCAUCAGGAAAUGAAAAUGCAACUUUGUGCAGAACAGCUGGUCCUGGCAAUUGUCGCGAGUAUACAAGUUCAAAAUCUUUCAAAAUUCCAUCAUCCUCUAAUGCUGCUGAGUGCACAGCUCAAAGUAUGAUUGUGCAAGAUCAAUCAUCUCAGCAACCAAAGACAACCCUCUUUUCUCGUUUGGACAGCAGCCUUGGGCUAAAGGGCAUUAAAUGGGAAGACUCUUUGGGACCAUUUGAUCUUGGACUCCCCCUUUCACAAGCUGUCAACGGCGGAGACAGUGUUAGCCUCAGCGAGUUCAUUAAAUAACAUACUGUUGUCUUGAAUUGGAAAUUUUCCUCAGCUCGAGGAUCAAAUUCUUGAUCAGUCAAAAGUAAAAAAUGAUGCUCUGAACUGUCCAUAAAAAGUUAGAAAAAUAUCUUGUGAUUAUAGAUACUUUCUAUAUUAUGUAAUUUAGCCUUGAUUUAGGCUUUUGAUUUUGUAGUACUUUCAUAUGGAACUUACUGUGUGAAACAAGAGUAUUGAACAUUAGAGCACUAGAAUUUCAGUUGGGUGCCUCUUGAGUUUUCUUUGU